AUGCCUCCCUACAAUCUGCGCCCGCACCCGAAGCCGGCGAAUCCGACCGACGACACUCGCAAGCGGGUCAAGCAGUCCAAGCAGUCCAAGCGCCAGAAGGACAUGCAGGCAAUCAACAUGGAACGUGGCCUUCUGUCUCUACGUGAGACCACCCCGCGCCUGGAAUCUGCCACUUACUUCGAUUCAACAGGGUCGCCCUUACUCCGUCUACCAGACGAGAUCCGUACGAAGAUCUACGAGUACGUCCUUGUUGGUAAGAAAGCUGCACUGGUCGAUUGGAACUAUGAUUCUGAACGCUUUGGUACCGUUGGUGUCCAACAGUGUCCUUGCCUCAAGCAUGGUGGCUCCUGUCGAUUCUCUUACGCUACACAUCUCUCCUUCAUACGUGUAUGUCGCCAGAUCUACAACGAGGCCUCGAUGAUCCAUUGCGCUCGGAACAACUUCCACGUUUGUGUGAGUCUUGGGUGUGAUGUCGUGGGAGUUCUCGCCGACAGCCUUCGCAAGGGGCAGCUUCAGGCACUUCGACACCUUGAGUUCCCCGCCUCGGAAGUCGUUAGCGAGCUGUGUUGGCGCCAACAUCUCCACAAAAACUGGAACGACCGCUUGUUCGACGAUAUGUCGCUCACCGAAUUGUUUCCGAACUUGAAGUCAGUCACGGUGGAAGACUUCGAUACGGAAUAUCAUCGCAAUAGGGGGCAACGUGUUCUUCGACGCUCGGCGCCUUCCUCAUCCGUGUAUCCUGAUGUGCGGGAGAUGUUGCUUGGUGGAUGCAAGGAUGGCGUUGAGCUUGUGCUUCCGGAGUGGAUGAGUCGUUACUUGGGUUCUGCCUGA